AAACUCUCUUCCUUUAUUAGUCUCUUUCCUUCUUCCUCAAAACUUCAGCAAGCAAACAACUCAAAUACUUCAAUGAAUAAGCAUCAAGUACAAUUAACUUUAUAGUAAUCCCAACAUCCCUAAUCCAAAUCAAAAUCAAAACUGUAGAGGGGAAAAAAAAAACCCAAUUGGGUCUUAAUGGAUCUCUCAGAAUCUCAAACCAAAGCUGAAGCUGAGAUGAAGAACGCUGAGCCUGAAGAUACUGAGAACAACAACAGGUCUUCUCCUUCUUCAAUGCCUGCUGCUGGAGCUCAGCUGACCAUCUUCUACAAUGGAUCUAUUAGCGUCUAUGAUGGAGUCACUCCUGAAAAGGCUCAGGCAAUCAUGUUGAUUGCAGCAGCAGCCUCUGCAGUCUCUUCAGCAGCGACCAAUGCUGGUGGUGCACUGAGGAGGUCUUUGUCUCAGCAGAGCUCUUCAGCUGCUAAUACUAAUGCUGGUUCUCUUUGCAAACUGCAAGCUGCUAUGCCAAUUGCAAGGAGGCAGUCGCUUCAGCAGUUCUUGGAGAAGCGUCGCAGCAGGUUGGUGAGCAAAGCUCCAUAUGCGCCAGCUAAGAAACCUGAAGAAGACAUCAAGGUGGGUGUUGACAAUAAGCCUCAAGCCAGCUAAGAGAGUGUUUUGUAUCUACAUUAUAUUGUAGCCUGCACAAUGCGAUGUCACAACUUAACUAGCCCUCUUAAUUGUGGUUUGAUUGAAUUACAUGUUAGUUGUCGCGAACUCAGACAUGCGAUGGAAAUUGUUCUUGCUAUGUAGGUUGCUACCAUGUCUGUGUUUAAUUAAGCUUUUAAAGGCUCAAGAUCGAACAAUUACCAGAACCUAGUUUUUUUUAAUGUGUUUGUAUGUAGUUAUUUUGGUCGCUACUGUUUGCGUUCAGUUUUCAAAUAUGAAUGGAUUAUUAAUG